AUGGCUACAGCGCUGCAGUCGGCUUUUGAGAGGAUCAGUGAAAAUCAUGAAUGCAGUGUCUGUCGCGGAAUAUUAAGACAGCCCAAGCUCCUUCACUGUGCACACACAUUCUGCAAGAGCUGCUUGCAGCAGUGCCACAACUGGGGUAACAAUGGCGCGUUGAAUUCGAAGAUGCUGUGCCCCGUGUGCCGGCAAGAGACUGUGCUUCCACGAAGCGGCGUAGAAGGCCUCAAGACAAACUUCGAACUGCAAAGCCUGCUGGAGGAGAUUUUCCAGCUGGAGAUACCGUCGAGCAACAGCAGCUGGCAAGAGGGCGUGAAACCGUCUUCAUGCAAGACCCACAAGGGAGAGAUGCUGAAACUCUACUGCGAGACGUGCCAAACGUUAGCAUGUGAUAUCUGCGCAGGCGCAGACCACAGCGACCCAGAGCAUGUCAUGAUCGACACCGACACUGCGUCUAAGAAGUACAGGGAAUCACUGAAGGGCUUGUUUCCCGCCUUCGGCCAAGACAUAAAAUACAUGAAAGCCAAUAUCCGGAGAUGUACGACAAUUGACAAGGAGUACCUUAACAAAAUCGCAGAGAUUCGUAAAGUGGUGCAGGACAAAGCAUCUGAGGCCAUAGCCAAAGUGAGAUCUGAAGAGACGCGGUUACUUGACGAGAUAAAAUCCCACGAGGAAGAUCACACGGAGAGAAUGCAUGAGCAAAAGCGUGCAGUGAAGAGACUACUAACUCGCAAACAAAGGUCGCUGAAGUUGGCAAAGGAUUUCGCGCGAGAAGCAGGCGAUGAGGAAUUCCUCUCUUUCUAUCCCGCCAGCUGCAAAGGUAUGAAAAAAUUGCAGGACGAGCAUCUUCAGAAGCCCAUGGGCCUUCACUCGGUUCCUGUGUUACUGGGGAGUCAGGGCAUCGCGACAGGAGCUAACCUCGGCAAUGUAGUGGUCAAAGACGUGUGGGAGCUUCAUCGUGAGCUUGGCAAGAAGGGAAACGGUGACCCAGCUAACACAUCACGUUGCCACAACGUUGUGCAAAGUUGUGAAAAUGUUGUCAUUUGGUAA